AUGAACACAAGUAUGCGACAUCAAGCAGUUAAUUUGGGAUGGAACACAAGGUAAAAAAAUCUUGUGUAUUUCAAUUAAUGGAUUGAACUUGAAGAAGAUUACUUGUAACCAGAAUCAGGCAAGAAAACCAACAAGCAGCAUACUCAGCCAUAUAAUUUUUCAAAAAGAACUGCACUACAAUCAGGAUAUCAAUCUGUUGUACGAAGAACAGUAUGUAGUUUCCAAAAACUCUUGUAAAUUUAUGCAGAGGACGAUUUGUACUUUAAUAGUUUAAAAUAUAAAUAGAAGAAUGAGACUGAAUUACAAAUUUACCAUUUAUACAAAUCAAAUUCAUUAUUUCGAUCAAAAGAAAAAAUGCCAUUAAUGAAUUAACAGAAAUAUUAAGUUAAGCAGAUAAAUUCCAAGCAUUAAUUGAAAAGUAAUUUAAUACAAAAACACAAGACCUUAAUUAACUGGAAAUUAUUUCAAAUAAUUUAGGAAAACUAUUAUAAAAUGAUUUAUUAGGUACUCAUAAGAUUCAUAAGAUCAUAAAGGAAUAAAGUUUUAAAUCUGCUGAUGCAAAAAUGUAAAAUAAUGAAAUUCUACAAAAUGAGAAUCACAUUUAAAAUCAAUAAUCAAUUAAGUAACUUAAUUUAUAAGUGCAACAUCUUAAGAUAUAUUAGGAAAUCUUAAAUGANAAUUUUGGUUGUGCAAAAAGGUCAGUUUUAUUAACUAUUCAUCAAUAGCAAGUAAAGUUUGCUCCUCUUAUUGUAUACUUACCAGAAUAUUAAAUGCAAUAGUUGUAACCAAAGGAUAAUGACUGA